AUGUUUCAUGAAUUCUUUGCCCAAAACACCUUGCUCAUUUAUCACGGUCUGGACGCCUACCGGGCACCAACUCCGGCCCCAUGGCGUAUGUUUGUGGCCUACGCACAAAACAUUAAUUGCUGGCUAUUAGGCCUGAGAUGUGCCCUGUUAAUUAUGGCAACAUCUGGUAACGAUCCCGAUUGGGAUACAUUGAAUUUGGGCGACACUGAGGAACAGCAGUAUGUUGUUCAUGAGGAACCUGAAGAGGAAGAAUUUCGCAAAAUUAUUGUUUAUGAUAUGAAAAGUAAAAAUAAAAUCAAUCAUCAAAUUGACUCGCUUCAGGUAACAUUCGAGUCAUGUGAAAAUGUGUUCAAAGCCGUCUAUGAUGUGCUCCGCUUCUUACCUAAUUUGGAUAAUCCAAAUUCAGAUUACUGGAAGAAAGAGGUUAUCCCAAACCUGAGUGCUUGUCUUAAACAACAUAUCGAGGCCAGAAUAUUCUUUUAUGAAGCGUUUGGCACUAUUAAUGAUCUUAGGAAUACAAUGUCUACAGCAGCGCGAGUUAUCAAGCAGUCGAAAGUGACCCCUCUGCUGUUGAAACUGCACAAACAUAUGUGCGCGAGAUGUUAA